AUGUUCCGCCUGCUAGAUAUGGAUGUGAGAAGCUCGAAGACUGGCUACGGAUAUUCAUCUCUUCAUAAUGCUGUCAUAUCUCGGGACAUCAAAGCUGUACAAGCACUAACAAGCACUGAAGCAUGUGAUCUAGAGUCCAGAGAUUCCAUGGGCUUUACAGCUUUGCACCUUGCUACACUACAAGGAAGUGAACAAUUGGUGCAACUGUUAGUACAAGCGGGAUCUGACGUCAACAGUCGGACAAAAGUAAGUAUACCAGAGAAAAGUCUUACCAUCUCGGAACAUUUCAAAGAAAAAGAAUGCGCCUCGUUGAGAUUUAAUAUUAAACAAUCAUAUAUGUGUCGCUACAAUUUAGUCAUAAAAGGUAGGAUUGCAUGCGAAGGCUUUGGCUGUAAAAUUCUUAAUUGUGAGUGCCCGGACCUGCAACACAAAGAGGGUGCAUCAUGCAUGGUUUUCAAGCGAGUCAGCAAUAUCGGAAGAAACUGGGAAGAGAAAGCGACUGGAAGGCCUGUUCCUCACAGGCUAACCAGUGGAAGAAGAGUACUGAAGACGUUGUUGUUUUUAGCAACUUGUCCUAGAUCAGACACGAUGACACAAUUUAUACACUGAAGUUUUCAAGUCAGUGUAGUCGUUUUCCUUGUUUUCGUUCAUGUACACAUUACAAAAGACAACCACAAGAGCUUUAUCCUCUCUUGACAACCAUAAAUAGUGUCCUUGCUCUUUCAAAGUGGAUUGGAACACUGUAUUGAUGUUUCUUGUUGCCAUUACCCCUGAUUACGUCUAUUGACAGUGCAAGUAAGUGCAUUAAAAGAGAACAAACUCUGGCCAGUUUUUCAGUACUGAUUUUCUGAGACGCGUUAAAAAGGCUUGCAUCGUAUCGUAUUUGAAACUGGGAAUUUAGCCGCUUUUGUGAAUACAAGGGCCUUGUUAUAGUCAUACAAAAAACCAUUUUCACAUUGCCCAUAAGACAUCUUGUUAACAUCCAAAUAAAAAUUGCAUAACAAUUGUAUUGUUUCAAUUUCUCCUGGGUGUUACAGUGGUCCCAAGUAUUUGAAACUGGGAAUUUAGCCGUCUUUGUGAAUACAAGGGCCUUGUUAUAGUCAUACAAAUAACCAUUUUCACAUUGCCAAUAAUACAUCUUGUUAACAUCCAAAAUAAAAAUUGCAUAACCAUUGUAUUGUUUCAAUUUCUCCUGGGUGUUACAGUGGUCCCAAGAGAAAUUUCAGACAAUGCUCAUCCAAAUUGGUUUGAAGGGCGGGAAGGGGGGAGUUAACAAGGUAUUUUGUGGGCAAUGUCAGGAGCUGAUACUGGAUCUAGGCAAGGCGAAAAUGGUAAUUGCGCGCACUCAGAGAUUCUACAGUCUGAAUUUUUUAGUAUCGGUAUCUAACCGUAAUCCUUGUGGUGUGUUUUAUUUUAGGAGGGAAUGACUUCACUUCACAUCAGUAGUGAACAUUCUGAAGCAGAACAAAACAUUAUAUCUACUCUAGUAACUGCCGGAUCCUGCGACGUGAACGUGCGUAACAAACUCGGUCGCACUGCGCUUCACUUAGCAGCUAAACUAGGAAACAUACACAAUCUGAAAGUACUUAUUGACUCUGGUUGCGACAGAAGUGUUAAAGACAAACUUGGAUUCACUGCGGUUGGUUUGGCUUUUAAGUUUAAUCAGAAAGGGAGUGCGGAUAUUUUACUCCACUACAAACCUCGGCGAAGUCGUAGCUCUUCCAAAGACAGUCUUCUGGAUGAAAAUCGAAAUGAACCAGCACUUGAAUGCAAAGGUGUUGAAAAAGAAGAGGAGACAGUCAGGAAGGAUUGUGUUUGUGCUACAAGUUCUAGAGUACGGGAUGUUAAACAUGUUCAUUCCUUUAAGCAAUCUAAAAAGAAUCAAAUUCAGUUUCAAGAACACUGGAACAAGGUGUUAUUGAAGUUAAAGAACAGAGACGUCAAAGAAGGCGAGCAAUUGUCUUGGAAAAUUAACCAUCUUCUGGGAACUAUGGUUACAAGAAAAAGAGACAAAUUGGAUGGCUUAACCUCUUACAACUCGUGGAAAACACUUCACGUAUUUGAGAGAAAACUCUGGAACACGAUUCCAAGUUGCGUUUCUUUCAGUCAUUAUCCUUUUCUUGUAUACUCUGUUGCAUCGUUCGAUGCUCGACCAAGCAAACGAUGCUCCCUUGCUUUAAUAAGGGAGGACUUAUUUGGGAGAAAUACGGAUCGCCGCAAUUUGGAAACGGGCUUAUUAGCAAAGCUGCUGACUGAUUUGAAAGGUACCUUACUCUGUUCUCGCAAUCCACGGGCGUCUUUUUGUAUUGAACGCAGGAAUUUGCCAGCAGGUUUGACCAGUUUUGACCUCGAAGAGACAAGGCCAGAGGAGGUACCAGUAUUUGACAACUUUGAACACUUCGCUCAAACAUUAAAAGAGCUCUGCAAAUGCAAGAGCGAGAAAAUAUCGUCACGGAAGUGUGCUGAUAGUGAAGCUAAAAGUGCGGGCGGAAUCCAUACUAAAAGCAACAAAAUUUUGAUCGUCGGAGAUUCCGAUAGGCAAGAGCGCCAAUUGCGCAAAAUAAUGAGCGAAUUCGGUGUGGAUGAAGUACAAGACUUUUUAUCCUGUUUAAGUCAGGCGAUCAACACUAGAAAUCUCCAACCGCCAUUCGUGGAAGAUUUCGUGGUUUUUUUUCUCGAAAACUCAAAGAUUUUUACAUAUUGUCUCAACUCAAAGUAUUCGUUGUUUAGGACAAUAUUGGACAAAUAUCUUUCAACUAGCAGCCCCUGGAUAGCGGACAAAAUUGCAAGCCUUUUCCUUCAAGUCUGCGUUGCUUUGUCCUGUGAGAAGCGACUAUUACUUAGGUGCGCCGGGGAUAUUAUGCAAAAAGGCCUGUCGCACGAAUAUUGCAAUGCCUCGUCCCUCGGGAAUUGCAUUUUAGUUCGGAUGGGACUUCUUAAGGGAGAGUUUGACGUCAACAUCGUAUCGAACCUCGAAGGUCCCCUUCUAGCGCUUGAACAUAUUUUCGGCGAGGAUUAUUUUCCAAGAAAUCUUGCUUCUACAUUUGCUUCAUUUCUUUCCAAGUCGAGUCCCAAACUGUUUGGAUUAGAGGAGUUGCGCCUUCGGGCUCUUGUGUCUGCGGUUACCCAAGAAGUUCUUCCUACUUCGGUGCAGGAAGGUGAAAGAGAGACAGGAAGGAGCUUCAAGCGAAUCUGUGACCUCGCUGCUCUUGAACAAGACAAGGAAUUACUUUCGAAGUGCAUGGACUCAUUAUUUUUUCGCACUUUUGUCGAGUUGAAAUGCAGGGCGUGGCCUGUUGGGGAGAGCCUUCUCUCGUACCUCGGCCUGCUGAAAAACGAAUACUCCAUUGAGAUUGUUAGAAACCUGAAAUGCGCUUUAAAACUUCUUUUUCCUGUGGUGAAGCAAAGUUACUUUCCACAAGAACUUAAGGAAAUGUUUUUAGUUUUCCUUAAAAAACCGAAUCCUGCUCUGAAUUCGUGUUCAUGGGUGGUUGACGAGAUCGUUAAUAUAUUAGUAAAUAAGCAAGGUGACUGGUAA